CAAUGAGACGCUUCGAAAACUACCAGAGUGUUCGUUGAUCCCACUCCAAGGAGGAAUAUUCUGCAGUACGGUCGAGUUAUUGCAUCAGGCAUCAGGUAUAGAGAGAAGAACAUAACAGAAGAGUCAAAUAAAGGAAACAUUUGAUGGUUAAGCUCCAGAGUGUUUGGUUAUUAAAUAAUAAUUUUAAUAAAUUCUCUUACAUUCAGUAACGCAAUAAAGCUUGAAGAUAAUUACAGUGAUAUUAUUACACAAUCCAUAAGUGAGAUAAUUUUUAUUGCUCUAAUAGUUUAUUGAUAAAUCUAUGGCAUAUUAUGAUUUCGCCAAAAAGUGUCAUAAUCACAUUGCCUAAAGGGCUUCAAAAAUCACCAGUGAUUAGCCCGGUGCGUAAUAUUAUUAAGCCGACUGGAAAUUUAAAUUUUACUACAUCUAUUCUCGCCACAAAGUCCAAGGUUGACGCUAAGAACAUGCAGAAAAUUCAGCACGAUUGUUAUGGUGAUAUCCAGGGUGAGCUGAUGAAAACAGACAUGUGGCUGAGAGGAAAAAAACGAAGGCUUGAUCAUCUUUCAUGGGAAGAAAAACUCCAAAGAAAAAAACUGAAGAACCGAGUUGCUGCCCAAACAUCCAGAGACCGUAAAAAAGCAAAGCUUGAUGAGCUGGAAGAAACAGUAAGAACUUUAGUGGAGAAAAAUGAACUAAUCGCAGAAGAGUGUGACAGUCUGAGAGCGCAAAACGAAGCAUUAUGUGCGGAGAAUCAAAGGCUGAAGGAAGGAGAUAAAAGCGUUAAUAAAACUGAUUCAGAUCGGUAUUGCUCAAUGUGCAUGGGUCGUGUCGGUUGUGUUGCACCCGCGCUGGGAUCAGCUGUAUCCCCCAUUAACCCUCUGCCGCAGGGUGGGGCAACUCAACUGGCACCGUCCCUAACACCGUCAGCAAGUGCGGAAAUUCUGUUGAAGAUAUUGACGCUUUACCUCCUCUGGAGGAACUCUUUGCCGACAUCCAAAGUGACGGCUAUGUCGAACGACUCGAAGAACUUGCAGAAAGUCUUCUGCGAGAAGUUACCGCUGGCGUGGAAGCUCAUGCUCAGAGACCAAGUGAUCAGGUCACCAUCAAGAAAGAUACCUUUGAAGAAUCUGAUGAUUCAAAAAAAAUGGUGGGGCAGGCAUCAAAAAAUGUGGAAGCCAGUCCAAUCUGCAGUAGCUUAAAUUUAUAUCCCAAAGAGUCUAACCCUUUCCCCGCUCAAUAUGUUGAUAAAUCACCAAUACCAGAAUUAUUUAAACGUGAAGUUAAAAUCAAGCAAGAACCCGUCAGCGAUGUCGACACUGUUUAUGGGACCUACGAUGAGGCUACUAAUUGUAUAACUAUCAUUUAUCCUGGAGAAGACGAGGG